AUGGCCCCGAAGUCGAGGAAGCCACCCGAGAAGACGGCGAGCCUGUUUGCGCGCGGCGGGCCGGACUCGUCCGACGAUGACGAGGCCCCAGCGAAGAACACCGGCAAGCCCAGCGCCGACCUCCGCAAGCACUUUGCGCCCAAGGCGGCCGCGCCUGCCGCCGCCGACCCGACUGACGAGGUCUCGACCGACUCUGACGACUCGGACGAUGGCAAGUUCAACUUCGACCUGCCCGCCAAGGCGGGCUCCAAAGCGGGCGGAAACUCGGGCCGCGUGUACAAGGUGUACUACGGGCCCAACGGCGAGUACGCCGAGUCGCUACGGGGGACUAUCUUAUACUGUCGUUUGUGCUUUGAGACCUUGGUAUCACUCCUGAUCCUGCGAGCCGCGGCGGCAGAGGAGGGCGGCAACGGGGAAGCGGGCGGUGGGGGGGGCGACACCGACUUGCUGACGCAGCUGCUGACCUCCAAACGACAACCCGAGGAGGAGAGGCGGGCCGAGGCCGAGAGCAUUGCAGAGGACGUCGAGCUGAUGAUGGACAACGGCGUGCGGGUGAACCCCGCGCUGCGCGACAUGUUUGCGGGCGGCGGGUCCGCCGCAAAGAGGCGGCAGCAGCAGCAGCAGCGCCGGCGGCCGGCAAGCGACGAGUCUGCGGAUGACUCGGACUGA